CUUCCCUUCGGAGGUCAAGAGACCUAUGCCGCUGCCUCGCCCAACACACAGGCGCCCCCUGCCCAGGUACCGAACUUGACUAACGGCCUCUCGAGGUGUCUGGUGGGACUUGAAAUCCUCCUUCAAUGAAGUCACACCUUCUCCGUCCGCGCACACCCUGUCGGCCCAUGAGAGAGCCGCCAUGUAGCCCGGAAUCAGUUUGGCCCUUCCGGGAGGUCAGGGUCCUUACUAUCCCCACUCUCCAGUGCGACACAUUCGCUCCCCUAGGACUCCUGAAGGCGGCUGGCGGCGCUUCUCCUCCCCACCACUGCCCAGCCCAGCCCACUCUGCCCUCAGAGGCCCUUCUCCCCAAAGACACACUCCUGAAGUGUCGCCCUUGUGCAGCUGAGGAGCCUGGGAUCCCAGAACUGAACCAGUGAACCCCCACCCCACCCCGAAGAAUGGGUAAGACGUUUUCCCAGCUGGGCUCUUGGCAGGAGGAUGAGAACAAGUCAAUCCUGUCCUCCAAUCCAACCAUUGGCAGCAAGGCUGCCAGCUACUCCAGUACCAGUAGCAGCAAGUCUUUUUGUUCCCGUGUGCCUUGUGAAGGAACUGCUGGUGCCAGCUUUGUGACUUGUCCCACCUGCCAAGGCAGUGGCAGGAUUCCCCAAGAGCUGGAGAAGCAGUUGGUGGCUCUCAUCCCCUAUGGGGACCAGAGGCUGAAGCCCAAGCACACGAAGCUCUUUGUGUUCCUGGCGGUGCUCAUCUGCCUGGUGACUUCCUCCUUCGUCAUCUUUUUCCUGUUUCCCCGGUCCAUCCCUGUGCAGCCUGCAGGCCUCAACUCCUCCGCAGUGGCCUUUGGCGAGUCUGAUAUCCACCUCAACAUAACGAAUGUCUUAAAUAUCUUCAAUGGCAACUACUACCCCAUCACGUUGACGCAGCUGACUCUUGAGGUUCUGCACCUGUCCCUCGUGGUAGGGCAGGUUUCCAACAACCUUCUCCUACACAUCGGCCCUCUGGCUAGUGAACAGAUGUUUUAUGCAGUAGCCACCAGGAUACAGGAUGAAAACACAUACAAAAUCUGUACCUGGCCGAAAAUCAAAGUCCACCAUGUGCUUUUGCACAUCCAGGGCACCCUCACCUGUUCCUACCUGAGCCAUUCUGAGCAGCUCGUCUUCCAGAGCUAUGAAUAUGUGGACUGCCGAGGAAACGCAUCAGUGCCCCACCAGCUGACCCCUCACCCACCAUGACCUGUCUGCUGUCCCUGUACUCCAAGCACCUGUAACCCUGUUCUAUAUCUCCCACAACUCCCUGGUGACUAAAGAAGGACUAUAGAGGCUUUGCCAAAGGAGAAGCCCUGCUUCAUCACGCUCUUCCCUCGUCAGCACAGGGAGCUUGCUUUGAAGUUAACUUCAUACACACACACUCAUAUCCUUUGAGUCGCCCAGAUUCUUUCAGUGGCUUCAGAAUCUUUCAGAUUCUGCCCUUGGUUAGUCUUUUUUUUUUUGGUAGAGACAGAGAAUUUCACUGUUGGCCCAGGCUGGUCUUGAACUCCUGGGCUCAAGCAAUCCUCCCUUCUUGGCCUCCCAAAGUACUUGGAUUACAGAUGUGAGUCACUGUGCCUGGCUGGUCUUUCUUGGGGAAAAUCUGACCUGGCAUUUUCUUGAGGCACCUUACAUUCCUAGAAGUGGCACCUGCCCUUUCAAGUACUGAGCACCUGGUCAGUCUGAAGGGGCCACUUCACCCCAACUCCAUUGGGGCUCAUUCUACUGUCUGAAUAUAGAGAAAGCUGUA